CAUUUGCUGCCAAUAUAAGCUCUAAUCCUGUAAUGGACCUCACAGCACAAGGAUGGGAACCAAAGCCAGGUAACUCUGGCCUCAAAUUACAAAACUAGAAGUAAAUUUGAAAUCAUCAAUGAAAACAAACCCCAAGAUUUGCUUCAAAGGAGCUAUAAGAGGGGAUUACUGCAUAUAUUUUGCCUGUUCUUUGUUAAGACUUGACAGGAAACUCCAAGUGAGAAGCAACUUUCACCACUCUGCCAGGUGCAGCCACCAGGAGUUUCUGCUACACAGCUUCCCGGGAACAGGUAUUCUCUUCACCUGCGCAACCUCCAAGGCCACCGUCCCUCCGCAGGGUCCCAGCUGCAGCCACAAGGCCACAUGAAACUGACUGGGUCACCAACUGCAGCCGCUGGCCUCCUGUGCGGGACAGGAGCGCGGGGAACCAGGCGAUGCCUGCCGAGUCAGGCUGGACACGGGGACACUGUGACUUGGGCAGCGCAGCCAAAGCAGCGCCGCCAUCCCCGUGCCUCAUCCGCAGGGGCUCUCCACGCUGAGGGGAGACCUGGCAACCCUGGUAGAGGAAGGGGUGGCCAGGCAGAGGCGCUGCCAUCCUUCCCUGGUGGGCUCUCCCGCAGGCUCCAUAGCAGUGGGCUGAAGCCUGCCAGGUAAAGGGAAGGCGUAACAGGGACACCAGAGACCCGCGGCACGCUCCGGGAGAGGAGGGCAAUGCCAGAGUCCCCUCUCCUUGCCGGGAGGCAGACCCCACCGCCUCCAGCACUAAGCCCCAGGUGCGAUGGCACCCCCCAGCCCAAAGUGGGAUCAUCCGCGAUAACAGAGCUUUUGAGACUUAGCAACUUCUCAAAAGAAGUGCCCCCUGUGUAAAACCCCAGGCUCCUGUACAAUGUACCAGUCCAGCUUUGUGCCACGGGAAUAUUACCCAGCCAUGAUCCCACCUUCUGCUUAUACCUACCCACCACUGCGGCCUGGGAGAGCAGAAGACAUGUCCAGAUCUGUGAUGUUCCCUCCCAUUCACAUGCACAACUUCUACAGUCGACCUAUCACCUUUGUGGUGGACAGGAACAGCUACCCUGACUAUGCAGGAGGUCAGGUGGAGUAUCAUCAUCUGUAUAGUGCCUCCAAUCCCUAUAUCCAUCCAUACCACACCUGGCACUUCCCUCCCAUGGUCCCUAUCCCUCUCUACAGCCCCUAUGCAAACUACCAUCCCUAUGCUGCCUGCCAGAGGUCAGAUCAGUAUCGAGAUACGUGGCCAGAAGGCUUCACAAUGAGAGGGGAGCUUCAAUGGGGGAAGCUUGGAAAAGUGUUUGGGCCAAGGAAAGACCUCCCAGAAUUUGUGAAGGAUGAUCUCCGGAGGGUUUAUGGCACCUACCCCCGGACCAAUGUUUCCAUAUCCUAUCGGAAAGGAGAGUUCUUGGUCAAGGGAGAGCCCAAGAUAGAAGACCAGGAAUACGCAGUGGAGAAAAAGGUCAUCCAGCAGGCUGUGACACCCAGUGCCAGUGAGGCAGAUGACAGCAGCGAGGACCGGAACCGUAAGAAGAAAAAGAAACUGAGACAUUGAGGGAGUCAGAUACCCAAUGGACUGAUGCUCCAGUACCCUCAUUGGGAGCCAGUUGGCAACUGGUUUUUGGUGUGGUUGGCAAGUAACACAAACAAUGGAUGCCACUAUUGUUGAUUUAAUUGCCCCCCAUCCGCCACAAUCUUAUGGCAGAUUUACCCUUAUUGACGCACAAUGCCCAUCCUGUGAAGAAGCCACAUGACACUUGACUGUUGGGUCAGCUUGCUGGUCCUGGUUUUGAAAUGAGUAUUUGAUUUCCACUGGUUUGGUUGACUGGUCACAGCCUGGUGGGGGAUCUCCAAACUACAGCUCUUGAUCAGAGAAGAUGGGCCUCUUCUUACCUUGUCCAGGGGAAAAGCCUGUAAGCUGGUUCUCUUCCUGGAGAGAUAAAAGCUGAAUUUCCUUCAGGCUGAGGGCAGUGCAGGUCCCAGAGGACACAGGGUUUUUUGAACACUCUGAAGAACAAUUGUCUGCAUGUCUUGUCACUGCUGUUUAUGACCAUAUCAUUGUGCUUUAUCACCACAUGAGGCCUGUGCAGCACUUCCCUACACUCUGGUGUCCCCAUCCUCUUACUCUUGAUAGUGUGGUGUCCAGUACUCCUGGCCACAUGUCCUUAUUGAAACUGCUGUUGAGGCCCUGCUCUGGGUCACACUUGGCUCUGAUUGGAGGUGCUGGCUCUCCCAUGAGGUUACUGGAGUUGUGUGAAUCACAGCACUUCCAUAGCUUGGUGGUUGUGCUGGAAGACGUGAGGGCUGUGAGGGCCUGGGUCUGACUUACUUGCAAACUUCUAAAAACUUCUACCUUUUAAAUGACUAUAAACAAUAAAAAAACCCAAAUGCAAA